AUCAUCAAGAAUACUUCAAAGACUUCAUAGCGAAAACAAAUUUAAUUUCUAUUUUCAGUUCUUUUCUUCAUAAUAAAGAAAUUGAAGCGUGAGAUUUUUGUGUUGUCUGUUUUGUAAAAUGAUGGGAGGCAAGAUUACUAUCAAAGUGGUGAUUGUGGGUGAUGGAACGUGUGGGAAAACUUCACUGCUGCACAGACUGAAAACAAAUGAGUUCCCCCAAACAUACAUACCGACAGUGUUUGAGAAUUUUGUGUGGGAGACAGUGCUUGAGAGUGGACAGCUUGUGGAUCUGCAUCUGUUCGACACAGCUGGACAGGAAGACUACGACAGGAUCCGUCCCUUGUCUUAUCAAGAAGCAGAGAUAGUCAUGUUCUGCUAUGACAUCGGUAGGCCGGAGACCUUCAAUGACGUGUCCUCCAAAUGGGUGAAGGAGAUAGACUACUACUUGCACCAACAGAGGCCACUCAAGUUCCUAGUCGGCCUCAAAAGUGAUCUGCGCGACAUGGACGACCCGAUGUCCUCCCCCGCGACAGGAGUGUCUGACUUCAGCACCACCACCGAGCCCCCUCCCCCUCUCGUGACCCCGGAACAGGCAGAAGAGGUAGCCUCCAAGAAAUUCUUCGAGCAUUGGGGCGACUGCAGUGCCAAGACGGGCAGUAACGUCCAGGAUACGUUCCAGAGGGCAGCCAUCAUGGGGAGCACUCGUAAAAAUGUGGCUGACCCGAACGGUUGUUGCGUAGUAUUGUGAUGUGUGAAAUUCCGGCUUCUUUCUUUGAAAAAAAAAGCAAAACAAAGACAUCGACGAAUGUUUCCAAGUUAUUCUCUUAUUUUACUAUAAAUUUAUACUAUUUAUUUAUACA